UUCCAUUAGUCUCGUACGAUAUGUAUGAUGGCUAUACAACGAAUUAUUACAAAGAAAUACGGCUUUUUAAAUACAUGAAAAAUAUAGAAAUUAUUAAUUUAUCAUGAAUAUUAUUGCCAAUUCUAAAACGAUGCUUCGUGUUAAUUCUAAUCUUAUUAAACGAUGUUAUUGUGCAAAGCCUUGGAGUAUUGACAGUUAUAAAUUAAAGUCCACCAUACCAUACUCUCAAAGAUUUGAAAGAAAAAUAUAUUUUAAAGAAUUUAGUCCAAUUCUUCGAAGGAUCUCUCCAUCACCUUCAUUUUCUUACUUGCAAUUUCGUGAUUUACACAUUUCAUCAUCAUGGAGAGGUCCAGAUACAUCAUCGAAAAUAGAAGAAACUGUAAAAAGUUUAAAAGAAGACCAAGAGGGAAAAGAAAAAAAAAUAGCUGCAAGCUCAGUAGAAACAACAGACACUAACAAGGCAGUUGUUAAAAAAGAUACUAUUUGGCAAAAAGUCAAAAGAGAAUUACUUCAUUAUUAUCAUGGUUUUCGACUUUUAUGGUUAGAUAUGAAAGUUUCAGGAAAACUAUUGUGGAGAUUGGCUAAAGGCAAAGAUUUAACCAGAAGAGAACGUAGGCUUUUGAUCAAAACAACCAGUGAUAUGUUUAGAUUAAUUCCAUUUUCAGUUUUUAUUAUUGUUCCAUUUAUGGAAUUUUUGUUACCAGUUGUAAUAAAAUUUUUCCCUGGGAUGUUGCCGUCAACAUUUCAAACUGCAACAGAAAGGGAAGAUAAACUUAAACAAGCAUUGAAAGUAAAAAUAGAAAUGGCGAAAUUUCUACAACAAACUCUAGAUGAGAUGUCUGUCCAGUCAUCUGAACAUAGGUCACAAAAAGCUAAAGAAUUUUCAGAAUUUUUCUAUAAAUUAAGAUCAACCGGUGGUGUUGCCUCUAAUGAAGAAAUAAUGAAAUUCAGUAAACUUUUUGAAGAUGAGAUAACGUUAGAUUCUUUAUCGAGACCACAAUUAAUAGCGUUAUGUAGAGUUCUAGAUAUACAAACACUUGGUACUACGAAUUUUUUACGAUUCUUAUUGCGAAUGAAGUUAAGAAAUUUAAGUGCUGAUGAUAGACUGAUCGAUAAAGAAGGUGUUGAAACAUUAACGAGAGCAGAGUUGCAACAAGCUUGUCGAGCUAGAGGAAUGAGAGCUUAUGGAAUGCCAGAAAAUAAAUUAAGGGAACAACUAGAGCAAUGGUUGGAUUUAAGUAUUUAUAAAAAGGUUCCACCUUCACUUCUACUUUUAUCUCGUGCUUUAAUGGUUCCUGAUACAAUGCCGAUGUCAGACAAACUUAAAGCAACUAUUUCUGCGCUUCCUGAUGAUGUUCUUGCUCGCACGAAAGGUGCGAUUGGAGAGAAAGAAGGUAAAUUGGAUCAUAAAACUAAUAUUGAGAUAAUUAAACUUGAAGAACGUAAGAUUGAAGAAGAAAGAGCAGAAGAAAAGGAGAUUAUUCAACCAGAACCAGUUGUUAAUAUUGUAAAUAAUAAAAAGGAUGAAAUUACUACUACUGAUGUGAAGGUUCUUGAGCGGGCUCUAGAUUCUAUCACAAAAGAAAAGAAAAUGGUUGUAGAAAAAGAAGAACUCAAAGAAUUAAAGGAAGAAAUGCAAGAGUAUCAAGAAGAUGUUCAAGAGCUUGCUGAAAUAAAAGCUGAAGCUAAGAAAACAGGUGUUAGUGAGCUUGAUGAUCUUCAAGUAUCUAAAGGAGCACUUAGAUUAUACAAGAAGGUUAAUAAGAUGAUUGGAAAAAUGGAUGUAGUUCUGAAAGACUUGGAAAAGUCUGAGGAACAAGUAAAAAAGAAGAUUGAAACGUUGAAACCAGAAGAACAAAAAGAUUCUGCUGCUGUUGAAGAACUUGUUAGAAUUGAUGAACUCAUUGGAGCUAUUAAACAGAUUCAACAUGUUGCUGAUGAACCUCGAUUGACCAGAAUUUCUGAAAUUCUUGGACAAAUUGACGUCGAUCAGGAUGGUGCUUUAAAAGUCGAAGACGUUCUCAAGGUUAUCGAGCUUAUAGGAGAAGAGGAUGUGAAGCUAAAUAAAAAGCAAAUGCGGGAAUUAAUUGAGUUGAUGGAGAAAGAAGAAGUACUUGAAGUAGAAAAUCAAAUUCAAAAGGCGUUAUUGAAGGAAACUAAAGAGUCAAAGUUAACAGAUGAUACAGAAGUAUCUCCCGUUCCUGGUACUCCUGUAACGAAAGAAAAAUCAUCGACAGAUAGUACCGAAGAGUUCAAUGAAAUUCCUAAAAUUACGGUUAAAUCUACAGAUUCUGAAGAGAUAAGAGAUUCCGCUCCUGUAUUAAAUGAUUCUACUAAAACUGAUACCGUUCCACGAGUUACUUCAACAGUACCUCCACCCCCUAAACAACAAAAAGUUGAAGGUUCAAAACAACUAUAAUUCGCACAACGGUUCUUAUAUAAAUAAACGCUUAGUCAAAUAUUUUUUUUACCAGAAACCUGACGAGUUUAAAGCAUCAAAAAUCAGAAAGAUUGGAAAUUGAUGAUGAUAGAAAUGAAAAAUACAGAAGAUAAAAUAUAUUACUAAGUUAAUGAAACAAUUGGUUACGAGAAACAAUAGGAAAAUAAGCUACAUGAACCACUCACGUGUUCUUUUGCGUGUCUGCCAUGUAAUUUAUUUUAAAAUUUAAUUUUUUUUAAACUAUCUAGAAGAAAAUACUGUGCUGGUGCAUUUGAUCUGUACCUAUAAAUAAUAAUAGUUAUAAAUAAUAUGCAAUAUUUUUUUGAAUGAAAUAUAUUACGUGGGAUCAUUCCAUCGAAGAAAAAUCAAUUUCAAUGACACUGAGCAUUUGUAAUCGAUUUUGUUACGUAAUUAUAAUGAGUUUGCAAGUAGAUAGUAGAAUAGAAAAAAAGAGUGGGCAGAAAAACGCACUAAGUCUCUAAUUAAUGAGACUUAAAUAAUAAUGAUAAUAAUUUUAAAAUAUAAAAAAAAUUGUACAAUUAUACUUAAUAAUUUCUCAAUAGCUUCAUAAAGCAAAGUUUAAUAAUAUAUUAAAAUAAAUCAA